CCUGUGUGGCUCCCAAGCUAAACAGUAUCUGAGGGAUUCCCUGAAAUAGGAAAUAGGACAGCUGGGAAUGUUCAUUCUUCAUCUUAUGCAUCGGGAGAACCCCAGGUGAAGUCUGGAGCAGGACUUGGACCUUCUGUCCUCCAUGCCGCUCACCAGAAAAGGCGCUGUGAACUGUGCUUUGGCUCCAGUGGACAGGAAGAAUUUCUGGCCCAGCUGGAAGUGAGAAGAGGGAGGGAGUCCCCUGAGGACCAUCCCAGAGGCCGCCUGGAUCAGCCAAACAAUCCUCGAUGUGAAUCAACCCCAUGAUGCAACAUGCCUCCCCAGCCCCCGCUCUGACGAUGAUGGCCACGCAGAAUGUCCCGCCCCCACCCUACCAGGACAGCCCACAGAUGACGGCAACUGCUCAGGCACCCUCGAAGGCCCAGGCUGUCCACAUCUCCGCACCCUCGGCUGCGGCCAGCACGCCUGUACCCAGCACCCCCAUUGACCCGCAGGCCCAGCUGGAGUCCGACAAGCGAGCUGUGUACAGGCACCCUCUUUUCCCGCUCCUGACGCUGCUGUUUGAGAAAUGUGAACAGGCCACCCAGGGCUCUGAGUGCAUCACCUCCGCCAGCUUUGAUGUGGACAUCGAGAACUUUGUCCACCAGCAGGAACAGGAGCACAAACCCUUCUUCAGCGAUGACCCAGAACUGGACAAUCUGAUGGUGAAGGCAAUCCAGGUGCUGAGAAUUCACCUGCUGGAGUUGGAGAAAGUCAAUGAACUCUGCAAGGACUUUUGUAACCGUUACAUCACCUGCCUCAAAACCAAGAUGCACAGUGAUAACCUGCUCAGGAAUGACCUCGGGGGACCCUACUCCCCAAACCAGCCCUCCAUAAACCUUCAUUCACAGGACCUCCUGCAGAAUUCCCCCAAUUCCAUGUCUGGAGUCUCCAAUAACCCCCAGGGGAUUGUGGUCCCAGCCUCAGCGCUCCAGCAGGGCAACAUCGCCAUGACGACCGUCAACUCACAAGUGGUGUCAGGUGGAGCCUUAUACCAGCCGGUUACCAUGGUAACCUCCCAGGGUCAGGUGGUCACCCAAGCAAUCCCCCAGGGAGCCAUCCAGAUCCAGAACACACAGGUUAACCUUGACCUCACCUCCCUCCUGGACAAUGAGGAUAAGAAGUCCAAGAACAAACGAGGAGUCUUGCCCAAGCAUGCCACCAAUAUAAUGCGUUCUUGGCUCUUCCAACAUCUCAUGCACCCCUACCCCACGGAGGAUGAGAAGAGGCAGAUCGCAGCCCAGACAAACCUCACCCUCCUGCAAGUAAAUAACUGGUUCAUCAAUGCCCGGAGGCGCAUUCUGCAGCCCAUGCUUGAUGCCAGCAACCCAGACCCUGCCCCUAAAGCCAAGAAGAUCAAGUCACAGCACCGGCCCACCCAAAGAUUCUGGCCCAACUCCAUUGCCGCUGGGGUGCUGCAGCAACAGGGCGGUGCCCCAGGGACAAACCCUGAUGGUUCCAUCAACCUGGACAACCUGCAGUCCCUGUCCUCAGACAACGCCACCAUGGCCAUGCAGCAGGCCAUGAUGGCCGCACACGAUGACUCGUUGGACGGGACAGAAGAGGAGGAUGAGGAUGAAAUGGAAGAGGAGGAGGAAGAAGAACUGGAGGAGGAGGCCGAUGAGUUGCAGACGACGAAUGUCAGCGACCUGGGCUUGGAACACAGUGACUCCCUGGAGUAGCCGGCAGCCCAGAUGGCGCUGAUCACCGAGAAGAGGCGCGUGGUCAGGGGGCUUCAGGGUGGUGGGGAAGGGGACGUGGGCAGGCAACACUAAGAACGUUGGGCCCUAGCUUCCGCGGAUCAGUAGCUUGAAGAAAUCCAGAGGAGACACCUGCUCCUUCCCAACCACCAAGCUUCAGCGAGCACCCGCCCCUCUUCCCCAGAACUGCAGACGACUCUGGUGGGGCUGGUCAAGCGACCUGCACAGAAAGGCAGGAGUGAGGUUUGGACUCACCAAGCCCCUGAGGACAGACGGCACCCAUGGGCCCCCCCCACUGGAGGACUUGAGCUGUGCGCAAGCCCUGCACUGUGAGGCGGAUCGGUGCUGCUCACAGUGAGCUUUUGCCAGGGGACAGUUAGGAGGAAAGGGAGUGACAUGGGGGGUCUGGAGUCCAUCCCCCAGAAAGUUCUCAGCUCCUUUGAGAGACAUUCAAGGGCAGGAAGUAGCCCAAAGCCUAACUGGUGGCCAAGGCGGAGGGACUGAGGCAUCACAGCUUGCAGAUCAGGGUGGGACCUGGGUUCCGGUUCACUCCUCCAAGGCCCUGGCUCUGGGAACAGGCAACUAUGGACUUGGGGGAGAGGGAUGGGAGCCACCAGAGUCGCCUCCUCUCUCUCUCCCCUGGAAACAAAUUGUAAGCUGGUGGACUCACAUUGUAGGAUGGUAAGAGGGUUGGCUCCAAGUCUCAAGGAGACCGCAGAACCUGGGCUGGCAGCCACACCACGGUGACUUUGGGGACUGCAGCUGUCCCUAGAUGGCCACAGAACUCACCUCCUGUAACAGCAGGACAAUGGUGUCUUAACCCAGAUGUUCCAGCCCGGGGUGGAGCUCCUCGGAAGGUCCAACCCUCCCUCGACCAUCGGAGAGGGUGGAGCCAGGUGAGCUUGGAAUCUGCCCAUCCCUCAGGUCCCCCAAGGCCGUUCCUCUGUUCCUGGGCUGGCUCCAUCAGCCUCCAUCCUCUCUUCUCCAUUCUAUCCUUCAGAGAAGGCAGAAGUAACGUUGGAAAGAAGCAGCCAGCCCAGUGGGAAGCCAGGGGUUGGAAACGGUGCUACAUCCCUCUUCCCGUUGAUUUCCCAAAAGUGGGGGCGGGUCCAGAGAAUGGGCACCCAGGAGUCACGCGGUGCCCCGCCCCACCUGCCCCCUGUGGUCCUGCGCACCGAGGCGCGCCAGAGGAUGGGGCACCGAGAGGAGGAGGCUUUCCACAUCUGCCCUGACACACACCCUCCCACCCUGGCCGCCUCCUUCCAUUUUCUCCCGCCCCCACGGCUGUGAAGGACAGGACUGCUCACACGUGUGUUUUCCAUUGGAUUUAAUUUAAUGGACUUGCAGUUUCAUUUGUAAAUUGUACAUUGGCCAUCUCCUUCAAUGGCAGGAUGUGAGUGGCUACCUGGCUCACCUUGAGGGGGCCCUCGGGGCCCUCUGGGGCUUCCCCUCCCCCAUCUGGUUGGGGUGGAGCACAAGGAUGGUGGCUUUCUGAGGUCUCCCCGAAAUGAAUGUAUUUCUCCCUCAAAAGAGCUGAUAUUUAAUGUUUUAAUAGGGAUUUUUGAGAAACAAAUAACCUUAUUUAUAAUCUGGGUGAUCCAAUCAUUUUUUACUCCCUUUUGAUGCCAUACGUAGAGGAAAGUCUAGCUUUUUUGGCGUGAGACUUUUGCAACAUGCAGUGGGACAAGACACAUUUCCUUUCUGGUUCUUCUUCUUCGCGCGUGCACACACACACACACACACUCACCACCGUGAACAGACACCCUCCUAGCCCAGACACACUUGCACACACGUGCCCACAUCUCCUCCUCCUAGUCCCUCCACCUGCGUAAUGUUAUGCAACCUCCUUCUGAUGUAUCCACCAAACCAGUACUGAAUGUGGCCGAGUUUUCAGUAAAUCUUAUUACCUAC